AGGUAUCCAGCGUCGCGUUACUGCUCUGAAAUGAAAAGAACCCCCCCACGCCAGAUUCUUUAAGAGAACGUCUUCUAAACGGCAAUUUAGUAAUUUGUGUUGUUCUCAGUUAUUCGCAGUUAGUUUGGUUUUCGUUGGCUUACCACGACCUACGCGAACCGAUUUUUCGGCGGUGAUUUGCCCCCCCAUGCCCCCACCCGAAUCGAAGUCGAAUUAUCGCUAAGCUGCACCGAUUUCCGUAAUGAAUGAAAAUGGUACCUUUUGUUGGGAUGCGUAUUUGCGUCGAUUACGUUCGAUUACAUGGUUCUAUUGUGCCUAAAUAAUUAGGUGUGUUGUUACAAUGGUGAGAAUUAUUCAGUGUUCGCAAUUUGGAAUUUUUUCGUGGGAAGAUUCAGUCGGCAGAUUUCUAUAGUGGCAAAAUGGUUUAUGGGUCAGAAAACCACAAGCCUUUCGGAAUGGAUAACUACGGCUUUCAAGAUUCCUCCCAUAAGAAACUUGGCCGGUCCGUCAGCGUCAACGUUGAAUCUUCCAACUUACCCCUUUAUAAAACCACCACUUCCAACACCCUCCUCGGCUGGCGACGGACUCGGGACGAUCCCGAAGACAUCUUGGAAGAGGAACUUCCUUCAGAUGACUUCGAGUACAUGGAAUGCGGACCAUCACCUCCAGCAGAUCACACUCCCAACAUCUACGAAAGCUUUGAAGAAUUUUCUACCAGUGCCGACUUGACCGUUCAAAUAUGUCACGACACAAUCAAGAUGAACCUUAUGGAGCACAUGAAAUUGAGUUCUGGCAGACAUCAGCUAUUAGAUGACAUUGAGAAUAGGAAAACUACAUCCGACAAUUUGAAUGAGGUUUUUCACGGUGCAUCAAAAAUUGAAAUCAACAUAGCUUUUCUCUGGGCAGCUUUCAUGAAACGGUGGGAUUUAUUUCCUGGCCUAUUGAAACUAGGAGCUCAACUGCGUUAUCACGAACCUAGUCAAGGUCUGAGCGCUCUUCAUUUAACAUCAUUCAGCGGCUGUGUUGACGGAACUCAGUAUUUGAUAUCUCAGGGAUGCGACGUUAACGCUCUUUUCAAAUGCUAUACUCCUUUACAUUGUGCAGCGUUCGGAGACAGUCCUGAGUCAGCUCUCGUGCUCCUUAAUAAUGGCGCUAAAGUGCAAACUUUGACUAAUAGUCCUCACAGUUGUCACGAGAGUGUAUUGCAUUGUGCUGUUCGCGCCAAUGCAAUUGCCUGUGUUAGGCUAUUUACUCAAGAAGGUGCGGAUGUAGGACAAGUUGAAGACACUGGAGUAUCACCUGUACAUCUUGCCGCAGACCUGGGCCACCCACAGUGCCUUAAAAUUCUUCUGGAAUCCAAAACGUUCAAUGUCAAUACCAGAACUAAGGAAAAGGAACAGACUCCCUUACAUCUUGCUGCCGAAAGCGGGUACGUCGACUGUAUAGAAAUUCUGCUAGAUCACAGAGCAGAUGCCAACCUCAGCAAUCAUAGAGACCAAACUCCGUUACACUUGGCUGCUAGGGCCCAAGCAUUUGACUGUGUGGAACUACUUCUGAGGAAAGGAAACGCUAAUGCCAACAUUGGAGACUGCGAUCAACGUACGCCUUUACAUGCCGCCGUAGGCAAAGCAGCUAGAUCUUACGAUAUAAUAGAUAUACUGUUGAACUACGGAGCAGACGUCAACGCUAGAGACCAAUACGGUUAUACACCUUUACAUAUAGCAGCUUUGAAUGAGCUGUCGCAGUGUGUAGAAAUUUUAAUUUACCAUGGUGCCGAUGUGACAGCCAAGUCCAAGUUUGGAAUGACCGCUCUUGGAAUCAUAACGCGAAAAACUCCCGCGUCCUUAGGUAUGGUUACACAUAAGUUGGAUUCCGCCAUAACAUUACAUCAUCAUCCCGAAUCUUCCAACAGAGAAGUUGAGCUCAGGUUGGACUUCCGCGGAAUACUCCAGUACUGCCAUCCUCGAGAAAUAAGUUUUCUGAAUACUUUUGUAGACGAAGGACAAAAAGAAAUUUUGUUACAUCCACUGUGCUCUGCUUUCUUGUACCUGAAAUGGGAAAAGAUCAGAAAGUACUAUGUGGCCAGAAUGGUGUUCUGUUUUAUAUUUGUUUUGAGUCUUUCUUUGUAUGUUCUGACUGCUUUAGCCCACAACUGCUAUAACCACGGAAAAAACAUGAACGAUACGCAACCACAGAAUGUCAUAGAACUUUGCGAGAAGAAAUCUAUGAUGGGUCACAUGCUCAGAAAUAAUCCGUUUGUUAUAGAGAUGCAGUGGUUUGUUCUAGUUGGGAUCACCUGCUGCGAGAUACUCAGGAAGAUAUACGGUAUUGCCGGAUAUCCGAGUGUUAAGCAGUAUUUAUCUCACCGCGAAAAUAUAAUAGAAUGGACGGUAAUUGUGAGUGUGUUCGUCAUUUCUUUCAUCUACACAGGAAGGACCUACACUUGGCAAAACCACGUAGGAGCUUUUGCUGUUCUAUUCGGAUGGACUAAUAUGAUGUUGAUGGUUGGACAGCUUCCCGUUUUUGGAUCUUACGUUGCAAUGUAUACUAGAGUACAAGGGGAGUUCGCAAAGUUACUACUGGCAUAUUCUUGUCUGUUGAUUGGCUUCACCAUUAGUUUUUGCGUCAUGUUUCCUGAUUCGUCGACUUUUGCGAAUCCAUUCAUCGGACUAAUUACCGUUAUGGUAAUGAUGACGGGCGAGCUCAGCUUGGAUUUAUUGGUAGACGACGAUCCUGAAGAUCCGCCGUUUUUACUUGAAGUUAGCGCACAAGUCACUUAUAUUUUGUUUCUUUUAUUUGUGACGGUAAUAUUGAUGAAUCUCUUGGUGGGCAUAGCCGUUCACGAUAUACAGGGACUACAAAAAACUGCAGGACUAUCCAAGUUGGUGAGACAAACUAAAUUGAUUUCCUAUAUGGAAUUAGCUCUGUUCAACGGUUAUCUACCUCAGUAUUUGCUUAACUUGUUGCACUGGACUGCCUUGGUAUCUCCGAAGGCGUAUCGUGUUGUGUUGAACGUGAAACCUUUGAACCCAAGAGAGAAAAGACUUCCGAGAGAUAUACUGAAAGCCGCCCACGAUAUUGCCAAAAAACGUAAACGAUUCGGACCGACUGUGUCGACUAACGGCACAAUUGUGACAUGUGCAAAAAAAAUAAACAAUAACUUGGAUCAAAAUAGUGAAAUUUUAGAAUAUAAUAAUACCCUUCCAUUGUUACAGAAUAAAAUCGAUAGAAGUGCUGAACAAAUUGAACAUUUGAGCAAAGAAAUUCAAAGUUUGAGAAGUGCCUUUGAAGCUAAUCAGAAGUUGAUUGAACAGGUGUUGAAUACCAUAUUACAUAACAGAAAAAAUAGCAAAUAAAUGAACUGUGCUCUUAUAUGGUCAUAUAGUUUUCAAUGCAUAUAUUUUGUAUUAUUUGCAAAAAGCCAUAAAAUGUAUGUAAGAAUUAGUUUUUAAAUAGUUGCUUGUUAUUUUGUAUAGGUUAGAAAAAAAUAUACAAAUAAAAAUCAAACUUGUGACAUAUUUGGUUAAGAGAGUAAUUUAUUUUUGAUGAAAUGUAAGCAGAGUUGCACAGACUUUUUAUGUGAAUUUAAUUCACAAAUCACAAUUCCGUGCCCAGCUAAAACUUCAAUAUCAUUUUUACUCAAAAUAUUUUUACUAUUUCAAAUCCAAUUUUGAUUGUUGAAUUUGAAAUAUGACUUGGUUUUAUUAUUUUAGAAAUGAUUUGAAGCCACUAGGAAUUAAUUAUGAAUCCAAUUCAAGAAAAACAAAUCACAAUUCUUUCACUCAGAUUUUUUUGUUGAUUUUCAAAUUGGAGAAUAUGGAACAAAUGUUUUUUUGAAUUCAAUAUGAGCUUAUUGGAAAUAGAAACUAACAGGUGAUAAUGCAACUUUCCUAUUCAAUACUAACAUGAGUGUACUCAGUAAUCAGUACCCUUUAAGAAUUAUUUUUGACUUGGUAUUCCAGGUGAUUGAAAUUUUAAAAAUAUAUCUGAAAGAAUAGAAUGAUUGACAGCUUCUUAAAUCUUGUGCUUGCUUCCAGGUUACAACUCGAGACGAUUAAUUUCAGUUCGAUUUUUUGUAAGGAUUUAACUAUUCAUUAUUCAAAAUGUGAUAUUAGAUAGAUAGGUACCAUAGUAACUAUUUAAUCAUGGCAUAACAUUAAAAAAUUAUGGGAUACAUAAAACUAUUGAAUGAUGAUUCCUUUUUUGUGUGGUUGGUUUAUUUACCUGUACACUUCUGUAUAAUAAUAAAUAGUCAUUCAUUAAAAAAAUAGGGUUUUUUUGACUUGACUAUCUCACAUAUGAUCAAUACGUUUUUCCAUCCUGUGGCGCUUUCUGACAUAAAUUACAAUUAUUUUGAUAUAGUGAGGUAAUGCAUACAGCAGGCCUUGAAGAUAAGAAAGUAGACUGAGUCAAGCAGCCCCUUCAAAUUAAUCACAGUAGCAUUCACCAAGAGAACAUGGAAAGAGGAACUUCGAGAUAAACACAUUACAACUGUCGGGGGGAAAGUUUGAAUAUCCGAAAGUGAUGUUAGAUCUCAGUUGGGUUGAAACCAACAUCUAAAAAAAAUAAGAAAAAGUGGAAACCUAAGGUCAAACAUGGGGAUUUAAACCAUACAUGAUAUAAUGGAUUAUACAAACAAUAGGUCAAUGACCUGAUAGCAAAAUAUGACAAAAAUGAUUGCUAUUAAUAAUAUAGGACUUGCUUGUAUAGGAAUAGUGGGAAUAGCAGUACAAACCAUACCUCAUGCCUUUAGCAACAUUUGAGACUUUCUUCAAUCCACCCAUUUUAUAUUUUGUGGAAAUAAGAGAUGUAAAAAUAGAUAAUUACCUAGCUGACUCGUGAUUGACUUGAUUAAUGGAUGAUCUCAUUUACUACUUUGCUUGUUCUUUAUUAUUGUAAUAGGUAAAUUCUUCGAAAACAUAGAAGAAAACCAAAGUUUAGAUUUUAUGCUCAAUUUUAUUUGUUGUUAAUUAAUCGAUUGUUGUUGAUGUUGUGUUUUCCAAUCUUUGCAUUCGUAAAAAAAGAUGUCGAGAUCUUCAUAUAAUAGCCCCGUGUUUGCGGGACUGAUUAUGAUGUCUCCUGAUAUUGACAAUAUCUGCCAAUAUUCAUAGAAUAUUCUAUGAAUAUUGGCAGAAAGAAAAAUUCAUAGAAAUUGUAAGAGUGUUUGGAUGUAGUCCGUCACUCUCUCAAUUCUGGCUCGCUUCAGGAGAUCAUUUAUUCAAGUAUAUCGACCGCUAUCCAUGAUGAUAGAAAGUACUUUAUUUUGCAUCCUUUCCAGCCAUUGAAGAGGUGUUUUCUUUAGGUUGCAAAAUAUUGGACAGGCGUAUAGCAUUGCUGAUCUAAUCAGCUUUUUGUAUAUCAAUACUUCGUUAUUGGUGCUGAGCUUUGAAUUUCUGGCAAUAAGCGGGUAAGUCUGUUUUAUUGCCGCUCCAGCCCUCUGUAUGGCUAGGCUGAUAUGUUUAUAUAAAUCUACAUAACACACCCACUCGGUCAAUAUACAUUGUUUUCCAGGCGGAAGUGUACGCAAUCCAUCAAUGGACAAUUAUUUGAGGCCUCGACGGAAUGUUGGGCGGCACUUUCAGUAUUUUUAAACCCGAGAUUAACAUCCUGACUGAUCUGGGAAUACCAUGAAGUAACAGAACUGACAGACAGUAAUGGAUGGACUCUUCACUGGUUAUCGGAACACCCAUAAAGAUUGGAAAGGAAAACAAAGAAACGCUUCAACAGAGCGGGAAUUGGAUCAGAAUAAUUAUAAGAUUACUUACUGGAAACUGUUCGCUUGAAGGAUAACAAAAAAGUACAACAAAAUUGAUGUAAUGAGUGUUAUGAAAAUAUGGAAGGAAAAACGUAAUAAAUCAUCUUUGGUUGAUGUUUUGAACUAGAGAAUUUCGACUCUGGAAUUAUGGAUUUUUUAAAUUUUGACUAACGACCUUAGCAACUGACCAGAACGGUUACACUGUCGAAUAAUUCAUUAACAACUCUUUUGUUAAUCAGCUCUUUAGUUUCCUUCUAUUUUUGACUUGAAUUGACUGCAAAUAUUAUCAAAUCUGUCAGUUUUUGGUGCUAGUAUUUUUUAUCACUCACUUUAAAUGAGAUAGAUAUUUAGAAGUGGUAGUUUUGUUGAAAUAAAAUGUUGCUGUUAUGAGGCUAUGUUUCAAUCCCUGAUAAAAGAAUUACCUUAGCUAAUUCAGGCACGUAUACCGAUGGAUAUUCAGAGUUGAAUCAAAUACUGGAUCCAAGAUCAAAACCCCUCCUUGAAAUAUUUUCAUAAGUAAUUUCCCAGCAGUAGACCGCAGCCCGUGGUAUAUUUUUAUGGAAUCAUUUGAUACCUCUAAAAAUUGUAUGAUUUCUAUUAGACUGAAGUAGAAGAUGAGCCUCAGCAUAUGCCGACACUUGUAUGUGGUACACGUGAAAAUUUCAGAAAAAGGAGUAAUUUGCCAAACGUUCUUGGACGGUUUUUAUGAGUCUAAUAUAAUACUAAAAACACAUUUUCUAGAAAAUGACCUCUUUGUGCAUAGUUGAUAACAAAUCUCUAUCAAAAACAGUAAUUUAUUUUGUUAUGUCAUACAAAUUAGUAGUCUCAAGGGAAGUAAACAUUAGGUUAACAAAAUAAAAAUAAAUAACUUUGAACCCUAAUUCUAGGAUGAUCUAGGGGUGGUCUGACAUAAACCAACUUAUUUAUAAGACAUGACUACAAAUAACCUUUUUGAUAUGAAAAACUACUUUUGUAAAAGCCAUACGGGUAAGUACCUUUGCAUAUAGAAGUCAUUUUUCGAAGAUUUUUGAGUAGGUACACCACCUACAACUGAAAUUCAUCUUUUUACUUCCAGGUCUAUUGAAAUCAUAUUUUCAAGAAAUCCUAAAAUGCAGAAUAGGCUUAUGGGACUACAAGUCGUGCCUAUUAUUCCUAAUUUCUCGUUUUAAGUAAACAAAUAUUUUUUUUUCUUACGAGUCAAAUUGAAAAGGGUCAUUAUAUUCCAAAAAUGAAGUUAAUAAAUUUUCAGUGUAUUAUACUGGAAGAGUAACAGGAUGAUCUAGAUGUACAGCAACUAUACAUUCGAUUAUUUGUAAACAUAUUCCUUUUACAGUAAUUCACAAAAUUAAAUAAUACAAAUGUCAAAAACUGCAUUGCUUGUUAUGAAAGAGAAGAUUGAUCAUAAUGCUUUAGUUUCAUGCAAAGAAAGAGUUUUGUUUGUCACCUAUGUUGAUAAAAGCUUGUUUCAUAGUUAUUUUAGUUUGAAAUUCUUCUUCACCAAAGUAAGCGAUUAAUUCUAUAUUCCAUUUUCUGAAUAGGGGUUUCAUCUACUCAUUCAUGUCCCAUCACUGAUACAUAUAACACCAUGUGGAAAUACAUGGUCUAAAGCAGAGGUCGGCAAGUAGAUUUAGGUGGGGUCCUGAUACUGUGGGAAAAUUUUGACGAGGUCCAGAAAAAACAACUGAUAAAAAUUAAGUGUAUCCAUUGUAUAAUUUUGGGCCAAACAUGUCCCAGAAGAAUAUGAAAACUGUUAAGAGACUAGCUAUCAAUUUGGCCACUAUGUUUGGCUCGACAUACAUAUGUGAAACAUCUUUCUCAAAAAUGUAUUUUUUGAAAAACAAAUAUUAUUCGAGAUUAACAGACGCUCACCUAGAAGACACACUUCGAAUUUGCUGUUCCUCUCGAGGACCAAACUAUAAAAAACUGGCUCAAGACCGUCGGUGUAGUUUCUCACUUUAAUAAGAGGUCUUGAUUUCUUUUAUAACUCACAAUGUGAUUUGAAACCAAAAUAAUAUGUAGCACUUUAUUAUUAAUAUUUGUUUUUUUUUCUGGACCCCGUUAAAAUUUUCCAACAGUAUCCGGAUCCCACCUAAAACUACUUGCUGACCCCAAAAAACUGCAGAAACUCAAGUAUAUCAAGUUGGUAUAUUGAUAAAUUUGUUCGAAUUAGAGAGGUGAAAACGACAUAGGACAGUCGAAAAGCCAAUAUGGCAGCAGUUUAAUAAAUCUUUUCUGCUCCCUGUAUGCUCAAUAUCAAGGCCCUUAAUUCUACUCAAUAUUUCUGUGACCACAAUAAAUCGACUGAAUAUUAUUUUCCUUUAGUGUGUGUUGAUAUUAAUUUUCAACUCAUUCCAU